CGUGCUGGAAGACGUGGGCCGGGGGCGUGUCCUUCUGCAUGCUGCUGGAUGGAUGUUCAGGAGUAGCACUGAUGCACAGUCCCGUCUGCAGCUCCGUGUCACACACCGGUAAGACACUGUACUAACUGUACUACAAGACAAGCAACCUUUCACUCUUUACAGACGCUGUUUUACCGCGAAGCCUCCGCGUCUCCCGCGCUCACAUCAUCUCAGCAUCGUCAGAUGUCUUUAUUCUGACUGAACUGCAUCAGCCUGUCUUUUCACAGGAGACCAAUAAUGAGGCCGAACAGUCAAGCAGCCAAACACAGAUCCUCACACGACACAGAGAGGGAGUUUGGAGGAACCCUGGGUGCCGUAUGUAUUCCCAUCUUUCUUCCGUUGACGGUGCUGUUCCUGAUCUGUGUGAGUCGAUCCCCUGAGGCCUCUGUUCUCCAGUGGCCUCCUCCCCUCCCCUCCGCUGAUCAGCUGUGGGAGCCUCUGGCCCCCGUGCUUCUGCUGGGAUGGAUCGGUCUGCACGCCCUCCUCUAUUUGACGCCAGUAGGAAAGGUGUCUGAAGGAUUAGUGCUGAGGGAUGGAACACGCCUCAAGUAUCCCAUAAAUGGUUUUCAUGGCCUGUGCAUCAGCGGUGUGCUGCUGAUGUUGUUGCUGGGGCUCGGGGCUCCUCUUGGGUAUCUGUUUGAGCUGCUGUUGCCUCUGGCAGUGUGUGCAAUAGCAGUGUCAUUCCUGCUCUCCGUCUACCUCUACAUCCGCUCUUUUUGGGCGCCUUCCCAUGCUCUCGCUUUGGGGGGCAACACAGGAAAUCCCCUCUAUGACUUCUUCAUCGGACGGGAGUUAAAUCCUCGGAUCGGAAACUUUGACCUCAAAUAUUUCUGCGAGCUCAGACCGGGUCUGAUUGGCUGGGUGGUCAUAAACCUCGGCAUGCUGAUGAAAGAGGUGGAGCUUCGAGGUUCCCCCUCCCUCGCCAUGAUACUGAUCAACAGUUUCCAGCUGCUGUACGUGGCAGACGCUCUGUGGAACGAGGAGGCUGUUCUGACAACCAUGGACAUUGUGCAUGAUGGUUUUGGCUUCAUGCUGGUCUUUGGAGACUUGGCCUGGGUCCCCUUCACAUACGGCCUGCAGGCAGCCUUCCUGGUCGUGCACCCGCAGGCCCUCAGUUCACUCGGAGCCGCAGCUAUAAUAGCACUGAAUGGUAUUGGAUAUUAUAUUUUCAGAAAGUCCAACUCGCAGAAGAACCAGUUCAGACGAGACCCUUCACAUCCGAGCGUUGCAAGGCUGGAGACCAUCGCCACAGCAACAGGGAAGCGGCUGCUGGUGUCCGGUUGGUGGGGUCUCGUUCGUCAUCCCAAUUACCUCGGUGACCUGCUGAUGGCGCUGGCGUGGUCCCUGCCCUGUGGAUUCUCACAUCUGCUGCCGUACUUCUACGUCAUAUAUUUCACCGUGUUGCUGAUUCACCGAGAGGCCCGUGAUGAGAGACAGUGCAGGGCCAAAUACGGACUGGCGUGGGACACGUACUGUCGGCGCGUCCCCUACAGGAUCUUCCCUUAUAUCUACUGAGAAGGAAAGCAGACGGGCGGAACCGGACCAAAUCCUCGUGACUCUGCAAAUCUACACAAACCCAGCAAUAACUUGAGAUGUGAGUCCAUUUUCAUUUACAUGGAUCACAAAUCGUAACUGGUGCUGCUACUGGGAAUCUGCCGGGAGCUCACGACGUUGAUCAGCCUUCAUUUGUGAGUCCGGUUGCAGAAUGAUGGAUCGCCACUUCUAACUCUUUGAAACCUCACAGCCACAGAUCGCGAUGAGCUGCUAUAGAUAGAGUCAGGCUGCAGUGCACAUCUCUUGUUCUGUGCACAAGCGUCUCAGCAUAUAAGGCUAAAGCUCUGAGCCUUUCCUCAUUAAAAAAACAAGAUGACCCUUUUUUAUUUUUAAUGAGAAAACAACUGAAAAACAGAACCCAGUGGGAAAAAUCGAUUAGUGCCUUUUUUUAAUCCAAAAACACUGGGUCACCUCAUUUUACCGUGUUAUUUUUUACAGUGUCUUUGUUUUGGUGAAGUGUAUUUUUACCUGUGAAACACAUUCGAAAUAAACAGAUUAAAAAAACA